AUCAUCAUAAUCGCAUGGUUUGAUGUGAUAGAAUUUUUUUAACAAGAAUAUUUUUGUUAGUUUUUUUUGUCAUCAAAAUGUUUAGGUCUUUAAUGCAAACAUGUAGUCAAAAUUUCGGCCGAACAUUUAUCAAUCAAUCAUCGAUCGAUAUUAAUUUGAAUAACUCAAGAAUAGUCAAUUCGGUAUUAACAAUAUCGGUUCGAAAUGGAAGAUAUUCUGCACCAACUACUAAACGUCGUAAAACUUAUCCAUAUCAUUGGUUAGGAAGAGCAGAAAAAAAUUCUACAUUAAAAAAUUAUCUUACAAAAGAAAAUAAAAAAUUUUUAGAUGAUAUCGAUCAUAGUAAGCAAGAACCAUUUCAAAAUAAUAAAAGUCCAUUGAAAAUUGAACAAUUGGAAAAAUGUGAAUAUGAAGAAGGAUCAAUGCGUUGCGGUGUUAUUGCCAAAAAAAUUGGCGUUCAACCAAUGUGGACGAAAGAUGGUCAAAGAUUAUUAACCUCUGUCCUUCAAAUUGUUGAUAAUCAUGUAGUUUCUUAUAUCAAAAAUGAAGAUUUUGUCCGUACACGAAGACCAUUCUAUAAGAAUCAUAGAUUCAAAAAUAUGGAUGUAUUAGUUGUUGGUGCUGAAAAUGCCAGUCAUUUAAAUUAUCCAUUAUCGUAUCUGGGAUUAUUCCAAAAAGCGAAUUUACCACCAAAAAAGAAAUUGACUCGAUUUUUUAUCACUCCAAAUGCAAAAUUGACUCCAGGAACCCCAUUGUUAGCAAAUCAUUUUUGUGUUGGUCAUUAUGUUGAUGUUUGGGGCAAAACUAUAGAUCAUGGAUUUCAGGGUGUUAUGAAACGAUGGAAUUUUAAAGGUCAAUUAAAGCAUCAUGGUGUUACUAAAGCUCAUCGACGUCCAGGUACGAUAGCUAGAGGUCGAAAACUAAUGGGUCCAGUAAAAGGUACUAAAAUGGCUGGCCAUAUGGGUUCAGAAAGAAGAACAUUGAAAGGUUUGAAAAUCUGGCGCAUCAAUACCAAGUAUAAUGUUAUAUGGGUUCAUGGACCUGCAGUUCCAGGUGCAACUAAUUCAUGGGUAUAUAUUCAUGACACUUCAUUACAAGAAAAAAAAUAUAAUAAAGAUAAUCAUCCACCGUUUCCCACUUAUUACGAGGAAGAAAGUGAAGAAAAAUUACCCGAAAACAUCUAUGAUAAAGAUCUUCAUCCAUUUGAUGAACCAUCUUUGCUUUUCGAAGAAACUGAAGAGGAAAGAAAAGCUGCAUUGGCGGCAUUAAGAAUGACCAAGAAAGCAAAGAUUGCCAAGAUUCGUUAAUAUUUAAAAAUAUUUGUAAAAUUAGUAAAAAAAAAUUUCAAUAAAUCAUGUGAAUUUAUUCAUUUAUAAA